GAGGUUUUAUUUCGUGCAUGACAUUUGUACCGGGCACAUUUGUUCCAAGUACUUCUUCACGAUAGUUCUUGUUGUACUGUUAAUACAGUGAAACUGCAAAUGAUCUAGUAAAAGUUCUACAAAUUGUACUUUUCACGAAAAUUUCCGUAAUUCUCUUCAUUUUUCGCGAUAGAAGAAAAGCCGGAAAAUGGGAUUUUCGAAAAUGUUGUUGGGCGCCUUGAUAGGCAUCGCUUCGUUAAACGGCGUUCAAUCAGCAACGCCCGACGAAUGGAGGACUCGUUCAAUAUAUCAAGUAUUUACAGAUCGAUUUGCAAGAACAGAUGUUUCAAAUACUACGGAUUGCCCUUCUCAAACUCGGGGAUACUGUGGUGGGACAUGGCAAGGCAUAAUUAACAAGCUCGAUUAUAUCCAGGAUAUGGGGUUCACAGCAAUUUGGAUAUCACCAGUUGUUGAACAAGUUGGGGAUCCAGGUCGCGGCUUUCAUGGGUAUUCGGCUCAGAAUUUGUAUGGUCUAAACAGUCACUUCGGAGACGCAGCGGAUUUGAAAGCGCUAGCUACCGCGCUCCAUGAUCGAGGAAUGUAUUUGAUGGUUGAUGUCGUGGCGAACCAUAUGGGAUCUGAUGAUACUGCGCAUAACGUUGAUUUCAGCAUCAUGAAUCCAUUCAAUGACAGCAAAUACUUUCACAGUGUCUGCUUUAUCAAUGAUUACAACAAUCAGACAAAUGUUGAACUAUGCGAGCUUGGAACGGAGCGGUAUCCAUUACCUGAUCUAAACACUACUCGACAAGAUGUUCGAGAUCUCCAUACUACUUGGAUCAAGUCACUAGUAGCCAACUACUCAAUUGACGGAUUGAGAGUGGACACUGUUAGACAUGUAGAGAAGGAUUUUUGGCCUUUAUUCAAUGAAACCGCCGGUGUUUAUUGUGUUGGCGAAGUGGCAGAUGGAGACGUAGAUUAUCUAUGUCCCUACCAAGAUUACAUAGAUGGGCUUCUCUCCUAUGCCUCAUACUUCCAACUCACAAAAUUCUUUUCCAACACCUCUGCAACAUCAGAGAACUUAAUAGGACAAUUACAAUCCCAGAAUUAUCAAUGUAAAGACACGACACUUCUGGGAUCCUUCACCGAGAACCAUGAUCAACCGCGCUUCGGAAAUUACACUAGUGACCUCACGUUAGCUAAAAACAUCAUCACAUAUACGAUGUUAGCAGAUGGUAUACCAAUUAUCUAUCAAGGGCAAGAACAGCAUUUCCAUGGCGCAACUGACCCUUAUGAUCGUGAACCCAUAUGGCCUACAGGUUACGAUACUACUUCCCCACUUUAUGUCCUGGUCAAACAAUUGAACGCUAUACGUUCUUUGGCGAUAGCACGCUCGGAUACAUAUGCUACUUAUCAAACCCAAAUCGCUUACUCAGAUCCGCACAAUAUUGCGUUUCGGAGGGGAGAUGAGAAAUGCAUGAGUCUAAUGGUGCUGAACAAUAUCGGUGAGAGUGCAGAGGAUUAUACAGUCGAGAUUGAGAAUGUGGGGUUUGAAGCUGGAUCGAUAGUGACGGAUGUAUUGAGUUGUAGAAAUGUAAUGGUAGAUGAGUAUGGUGGGAUGGAAGUGCCAUUUGUGAGCGGGUUACCUAGUGUUUAUUAUCCUUUUAAUUUACUUGCUGGCACGGGAUGGUGUGGCCAGUAUUGAGAUGGUAUACUUCCUAUCUCAUUGAUCGUAAAAAGGGAGGCGUUUUCUUGUACGUACUUUUGCCCACAGAACUACUCUGCGGAUUCAUCAACAAUAGCUCA